AGUCGCCCCCGGCUGCCAGCAGGGUGUGCCUGCACCUGCGCCUGCAGGUGCAGACGGCAGGCACCUGGCCGCACACCUGUGCAGAGCCCGCCUUCAGCCCUCCCUGUCCCAGAAUGGCAGCCUCCCAGCUGUCCCCGCCACUUCUGCUGCUGGCUCUGGUGCUGCUGUCCGGGAAUUUCUCUCCACUGCUGCAUGUAAAGACUCAACUGACCAGAGCUCAUAGGUCAGGGGAAAACUACCCGAACCCCCACAACUCUUUAAAUUUAGAGACAUCGUCCUUCACCCAACCCAACCCCAGCCCCACCCCCCCCAAUUCAGGGCUGGCGUCCGCCUCCUCACAACCCACUCACCCGAGUCCUGUCUACCCUGGUUCAGAGCUUACCCCUUUCUCCCACUCCAGUCCCCCAACUUCCUCCACCCUGACCCUGCCUUGGAGCCCCACCUCUCUCAGCCCCAGAACAGAGCCCUCCUCCUUGCCCUCAGCCACCAGUGAUGAGACAUCUGUGACCACCUGCCCUGCUCCAGGUGACUCUGGGGCCCCCGAGUUGCACAGGAACCCAGGCGUGGUGGUGGCUGUGUGUCUGGUGGUGUCUGUUUUGCUCAUCGGGUCUGUGCUGAUGGCUGUGAAGUGCCGCCACCAGGGUGUGUCUGAGUUCUAGAAGCUGGAUGACGUCUCCACGAUGAGGAUGCUGUGAACCGAAUGUCAUCUUCAGCCCAUUGCCUACCGGAGUGAUCUCCACGGGGCUGAGAGAGAAGGGGGCUUGGAUGGGGCAGAAGCACCUGUGGAGGGGCUAUGCUUACCAGAAUAAAGCCCGUACCAUUCCUCUGUG